AUGGCGGGCACCGGCGGCUGCCCGAAGGUGGAAAUCCCACGGCUCGCAUCGCGGCCGGUGCCCUCAGUGAAGCCAUCAAUGGCUCCCCAGGUGCAGGCCCAACUUCGUGAGGCUUCUCGGACACCACGGCAUCAGGCUCGAAGCGAGGCUAGUGCUGCAGCGGCUGCUGCAGCGGCGGCCGAAGCCGCAGCGGCAGCUGCCAGGGUGGCAGCUGCGGCUGGGAACUUCGAGGCCCGGGAGUUGGGCGCGGGCUCUAACCGGCCGAGGCUUUUGACGGAAGAGGAAGCGCAGGCCUUAUGGCAGCGAGGCGCCUUCAUCCCGCCAGCCGUGCGGAACAAAAGGCAGAGUCGGCAAGCGCCCUGGCAGCGCGACCGUUCUGCAGAGGACACCGGUGAGCGGGCACGCGACCGCACGCCACCCCGUGUCUCAAGACGCCCUUCGCAGCAGCACACUCCGCAGCAUCGCAUCCGGCAGCCCAGCCACGGCUGCGGCUACGCACGACUCCAAGAGCAUCAUCUUCAGCAGCCAACCUGCCGAACCCCCCAGCUUGACAGGUUUACUGCAGGAUGCCCCUGCUACACUUCACAGCUCUGGCAGCAGGGAUGCGCAUGUCAGGGCUGUCAACAUCCAAGGUGCUCCUUUCAGGAGGCCCCGUGCAAGAGCGGGGGCCCACAUGAGGAGCAGGAAUUUGCCCCACACAUGCUGGCUCCAUCGCCGCAAGGAAGGUGUGACCCACCCAAGCGGGUGCGCCGAACCCCGGCAGUGGCACAUCCCACGGCCAAGCCCUGGAGCCAGAUGCCUUCCUACGCUGAAGGCUUGCCGAAGGAAAGCCAGUUUUGCAGCGCGUGGGACGAGUGGAGGGAUGGUGAAGCCAAAAGCCCCACAGGCUCAUCAGCACCUGUGACGGGUGACGUCAGGGAGCAGGCGCACGAGACGACCGGACACAUCCGAACGCCUCGCCUGUCUUCUCAGCAGCUCCACAGCGACCUCGGAAAGGAGGCCGUGCCACUUCUGAGACGCAGGCUGGCGUCCCCUCGUGACGAUGCCUGGCACUGCCUGGAAUACCCCAGGACUGCCUUUGUCCCACAGCCGCUGCCAGACCUUCCGGACGGUGCUGGUGCAGGGGGCAGGACCUGGUUAGCCCUGGAGCAGAUCAUCGACUCGGAACUUUUUCACCUGCAGAAUUGGCUGCUGGAUGCCACAGGGGCUGGGCCCACCACGUGCCUCCGCACUGCUGUUUCCUGUUUGCGGGGCAUUCUCCUAAACGUCAGAAAGGUGGGCAGCGAGGCGGCGCAACAACCACUGUUCUGGCUGCCUUCCAGCGCGUUGAAGGAGGAGCUUGAAGAGUUGAGUGAGGAGGCCGUGUUGGAGGAGCGCUGCCGCAGCCUUCAAGGGGAAUUGGAUGGCGGCGAGGCGCAGCUGCGGCUGUUCUCUCAGGCAGAGGAGCAUCUUGCAAGUUGGAUUGGUCCAGGGCCUUCCUUAGCGAAGAAAGCCCCGCUGGAAGCAGCGCUGCAGCUGCGCAGCGAGGUGCGAGAUGCCCGCCAUCGAGCUGAUGUUGUUCGGAGUUUGCUGGCGGGCCGGAGUGGCAAAGACAAGGAGCUGAAAGGACUCAUUGACUGA